GCCCCGCCGCCUCCAGUCCGGCGCACUCACCUGCAGCGCGCGCCGCACCUGCGCUCAUGUUCGGCGCCGCGCACCAGGGCCGCAGAUACGGCCCCGCGCGCUCCCCCGUCACAGAGGCGCGCGUGCCGCUCAGCGACGCACCGGAGGGAACGUGGCCGCCGCCGGGCGCCAGGAUGCGCGUGUCCAAGGGCGGGCUGGUGGUGAGAGCCGCGCGGAGGAACCCGUCCCCCCGGCCGGCCAGCCUGGAGAGCCUGGAGGCGGCGUGGAGCGGGAGGGGGCGGCGGCAGGAGGCGCCGCGGAGCCCCGGGAGGAGCGGCGGGGAGGCAGAGCCCGCCGGGGGGCCGCCGCGGGCCCGCAGGAAGGGCUUCAGACCCCCCGACGUCAGGACCAUCUUCUCAGAGAGGGACCCCCGGGUGAAGGAGGAGACCGGCGAGGGACACACGUUCGAGCCCCGCGGGGAGAACAGCUGGUGCGACGUCUGCUGCCACUACAUCUUCCAGGAGGGGCACACCUGUGCAGGUUGUAAGUACACUUGUCACGCAGCCUGUCGCGACCGAGUGUCUCUGGACUGUCAUCCGGCAGCGUCUCCGCUCAGCCAGGAUCAGAUCAACAACAACACACACCUGCAGGAUGUGGAGAAAGAGAGGGAGCUGAGGACGGAGCUGAGCCGGGAGGAGAUCGGCCUGAGGAUCGAUCAGUACAACUCUCGGACUACAGACCACCUGAAGAUGACCCUGGGAUCGACGGGUGUGUACACCGGGUUCAUCAAAGUCCAGAUGGACCUGAGGAGGCCGGUGACGGUGCGGGGGGGCCCGAGGGGGCCCGGCGGGGCCGUGAUGGGGGAGGCCUUCUAUCUGCCCCGAGGAGUCAGCAACACGCUGCACAUCAGCUCCAAUAACACAGUCCGACAGGUCAUCGUCGCGCUGCUGAACAAGUUCACUGUUGCCGACAACCCCGCCAAGUACGCCCUGUACAAACGCUACCGGAGAGAGGAGCAGGUGUACGUGUGUAAGCUGGCGGACGGCGAGCAGCCGCUGUUCCUCCGUCUGAUGGCGGGCCCCGACCCCGACACGCUGAGCUUCGUCCUGAGAGAGCAGCAGACCGGAGAGGUCAUGUGGGACGCCUUCUCCAUCCCCGAGCUGAGGAACUUCCUGCGGAUCCUGGAGAAGGAGGAGGAGGAGCAGAGGGAGGCGGUGAUUCGCCGCUACGCCCUCUACAGGCAGAGACUGAUGGAGGCGCUGACAGAGGCAAGGGGGCCGUCUUAGAGGCUCCGCCCCCUCCCGUACCGAACGGCUGCCCCCUACAGGCACAGGGCGGCAGUGAACCUUGAUGUGAACUCAUGAGAGACGAUGCGGUUCAUCAGCUCUGGACGGAGGGAUGAUGGCGCUCUGGGUGGAGGGAUGAACUCUCAGAGCUGAAAUAUACCAAAGAUUGACUCAUCGUGCCAAAAUCACUGGUUCAUCCUUCACAACCCUCUUCUCUCCUGAUUCAUGGAGUCAUCGGACCCCCCUCAUCCCCCCCGACUCCUCCUCUUUUUCGUCCUUUAAAGACGCCGUUUGUCAUUGCAGUAGUUCCACAGGGAUCCAGAGGGGGGCAGCAGUGAGCAGCUCCACACUGUUUGCUUUGAAAGAUGAAAUCAGUUUUUUCUUUUCCUCGGUUGAACUUCAGAUUCCUGACCUUCAAGCUGACAGACUGCGGCUUUAAACAGAUGGUUUUAUUUUAUUUAAGUUGUUUUCAUUGUCUGUAAAUAUUGUUUUCUCGUUUUAAUUUAUGUGCUGAAGCUCCUCCUUAUUCUGAGGCUUUUUUAACAGUCUUAUUUUUCUUUAUAUGACAGGCGGAGGAACAAUCGGAGAAGAGUUUGACUACUAGAUGACGCGCACACACACACACACACACACACACACACACACACACACACACACACACACACACACACACACACACACUCGCAGUCUGAAAUGGGCCAAACGCUUUAUUUUUUUACAUUUAAAUAUUAAAAUGUUUUUUUUUCUUUUUAUUCUUUAAUGUGAACAAAAUUAUGAUAAAGUAACAAAUGAUAUAAAUUCACACUAUUUUUAUAUAGUUUAAAGGAAGAAAAACAUUUUUAUUUAUAAUCACCAGUUUAUCUUCACUUUAAUUCACUUUAUAUUUAUUUCAUAGUUUUAGAGAAUUUAUAGCAAAAUAGAUUUAUUAAAACAUUAUUGAAAUAGUUCAGGUUAUUAUUGAUAUUGAUAUUUCAGAUAUUUUAUUUAAUAUUUUCCUGGUUUUAAAAUCAAAGUUUAUUGAGUAGUAAGAUAUUUUAUCGUUGAAGAUUUUUUUUUAAUUUCUAUUUUUAAAAAAUCCUAAUAAACUGAAAUAUUUUUGUUGUAUUUUUUUAAUCAAUCAUCACUUAUGAUUACUUAAGAGUUUCUUUAUGGUUUUUAUCAUAAGUCAGUUUGUGAGGAAAGAAAAUUAUAGCAAUAACUUCCUAUUUUAAAAUGAACGUUUCAUCUCUAAACCACUUUUGGCUCAUUUCAGACUCCGUCCUGCCAGAGGGGGUCCAGGGGGUUCGAAACGGCCCAGAGUUCAGGUUCAGUAGGUUUUUAGUCUUUAGGGGAAAAGUGAAGGUGAAGGAGGUGGGUGGAAGUAGAAGUGGGUGGAGGAGGAGGAGGUGGAGAUCAAAACGACCAAAGAAAGCAGCUUUAAGGAGUCCGGUUCUGCUCGGGAGGGUUUCAAACGUCACUCUGGGUCGAAUGAGGCUUUAAUCGAUCUGACCUUUGACCUCCGAUCAGACCGGUGAGAUUCAGACUGGAACCAGGAAGUGGAAGUAUUGAGAUGAGUGGAAACAGGAAGUGAGGGGAGAGGUGGAGGAGCGGACCGAAUCAGGCGGACGUCCACAGGAAAGACUGCAAAGCAUGCUGGGAGUUAUUUCAGCUUUAGUGGAAGAAGAGCAGCCAGGACUUCCUGUUUGCCGUGUUUUGGCGCCAUCUAGUGGUCAAACUGAUGGUCUUCUCUUUAUGUGUCAGAUUUCUUCAAACUGAACCAAAGACGUGUUUCCGGUGAGGCCCGGAGGAGCGAACUGCGUUGUCACAAAUCUACAUUCAGAGUUUAUUUCAAGGUUUUUCGCGUCAUGACGGACUUUAUUUGACGUUAGUUACACUGGCUGAUCGUCCGGACGCAACACGAAGCCUGGAGUCCGACAAACUGUGAGAUUAAAGGGAAAUUAAGCUAAAUGUCUGGAUUAUUAUCAGAGUCCAUGGAAGAUUAUUACUGUGUUGCAUCAUGGGAAAUGUAGUCCUUCAAAGUAAAGCUUUACAGCAUCCAGGUAUUUCUCUUUUUCUGGUUUAUAAAAAUUAAAAAUUACAACAUUCAGUUAUCGGACUCAUUUGUUUUUUUGAUUUCCACUUGGUCUUUUUAUUCAUUACAUCAUUUUCACUGAGUUCAAAAACUGUUUUCACUUUUUUGCUGCUAAAAUAAAAAAAAACAAAAAUCUUUCAAAACAUAGAAAUUUCACCGGCAAAUAUUAAAUAUCCCUCAAAUUAUACAAGUUUCCAUAGAAAUAAUUCAGAAUUGAAAUUUGGAAAGAGCAAAUAAAUGUUUUGAAAAAUAAACACGAAAAAAAAGAUUAAAUUGUAAAAAACAUGAAACAUUAACAAAUUAUCUUAAAAUUUUUGGGAUUUUCUGAAUUGUUUUUGCAAGAAAUGUCAAAAAAAUUAAAAAUAUUAGAAAGACUGAGUUGAAAUAUCUGUCAGUGAAGUUUAUUUUGAAGAAUGUCAUGUCUUUGUUGCCUCCAUCUCCAUGUGAACAGUUUGUGCACUUGUUUAAAAAAGUUGUUCUGUCCAGAUAAUGUUUGAAAUCUUUUUUUUUUUUUUUCGGAGCACUUUAAUGAGUUCAGGGAACACGGGUUUUCAUUUGAACCCUCUGGUUCUGUAUCAGAUGAGCCUGAGUCAUUGAUCCUGGAUCAAUGAAUCCUUCUUUUGUGCAACCGGCCCCUGGAGGACGACGCCCUCUUCGUCUCUCCUUUGUUUUUCCAGCCUGGCGUCUGUUUUCCUCUGCAGGUCGAACUCCUCCAAUAAAACUCAAAGCUCCACUG